CCGCUACGCCCCGCCCCUGGCGCUUAUCUCAGCCAGGCAGGCGGCACCACGCCUUCCGCCCUGGCCAGGCCCGGGACCAGCCUCUGUAGGUCCAGAUGUCCAGAUCUCUGCUAGCAGCGGAGCAGCCAGCAGUGGAGCAGCCUCCCGUGACACCAGCGCUGCGUCCCGGGCUCGCCCCGCGAAAGGCAGAAACUCUCCAGAUGUCUUCCAGUAAUGACCAGUUUUGUAUCCUGUUGUCACAAAGAAACAUCAAUGGUCUCCCUGGGAUGACCUCCAGUGACCUGAAGACAUGCACCAAAGGGGCUGUUUUAAGUUUUCAUAACAUCUGCUAUGGAGUAAAAGUGAAGAGUGGCUUUCUACUUUGGCAGAAAAUAGUUGAGAAAGAAAUAUUAUCCAAUGUCACUGGGAUCAUGAGACCUGGCCUCAAUGCCAUUCUUGGACCCACAGGUUCAGGCAAAUCUUCGUUGUUAGAUGUCUUAGCUGCAAGGAAAGAUCCACAUGGAUUAUCUGGAGAUGUUUUGAUAAAUGGAGCACCUCAGCCUGCCAAUUUCAAAUGUAAUUCAGGUUAUGUGGUACAAGAUGAUGUUGUGAUGGGCACGCUGACAGUGAGAGAAAACUUACAGUUCUCAGCAGCUCUUCGGCUUCCAACAACCAUGACAAAUCAUGAAAAAAAUGAAAGGAUUAACAAGGUUAUUAAAGAGUUAGGUCUGGAUAAAGUGGCAGAUUCCAAGGUUGGAACUCAGUUUAUCCGUGGUGUGUCUGGGGGUGAAAGAAAAAGGACCAGUAUCGGAAUGGAGCUGAUCACGGAUCCUUCUAUCUUGUUCCUGGAUGAGCCCACGACUGGAUUAGAUUCAAGCACAGCAAAUGCUGUCCUUUUGCUCCUGAAGAGGAUGUCUAAGCAGGGACGAACAAUCAUCUUCUCCAUUCAUCAACCUCGAUAUUCCAUCUUCAAGCUGUUUGAUAGCCUCACCUUAUUGGCUGCAGGAAAGCUAAUGUUCCAUGGUCCUGCACAGGCAGCUUUGGAGUACUUUGCCUCAGCAGGUUACAGCUGUGAACCCUACAACAACCCUGCUGACUUUUUCCUGGAUGUGAUUAAUGGAGACUCCUCUGCUGUAGCAUUAAACAGAGAGGAAGAAGAUGCUAAAGCCAAUGGAACUGAAGAGCCUUCUAAAGGAGAUAAGUCAAUCAUAGAAAAAUUAGGUGAAUUCUAUGCCAAUUCCUCCUUGCACAGAGAUAUGAAAGCUGAAUUAGAUCAACUGUCAAGUGGUCAGAAGAAGAAGAGAAACUUAGUCUUCAAGGAGACCACCUAUGUCACCUCCUUCUGUCAUCAGCUGAGAUGGAUUGCCAAGCGUUCAUUCAAAAACCUACUGGGCAAUCCCCAGGCCUCCAUAGCUCAGAUCAUUGUCACAGUUGUACUGGCACUGGUUAUAGGUGCCAUUUACUUCAGGCUAGAAAAUGACAGUACUGGAAUCCAGAAUAGAGCUGGGGUGCUGUUCUUCUUGACAACCAACCAGUGUUUCACCAGCGUAUCAGCUGUGGAGCUCUUUGUAGUGGAGAAGAAGCUCUUCAUACAUGAGUAUAUCAGUGGAUACUACAGAGUGGCAUCUUACUUCUUUGGAAAAUUAUUAUCUGAUUUAUUACCAAUGAGGUUGUUGCCAAGUGUUAUAUUUACUUGUAUUCUGUACUUCAUGUUAGGAUUGAAACCAGUGGCAGAGGCUUUCUUUAUCAUGAUGUUUACCCUUCUGCUGGUGGCUUAUACAGCCAGUUCCAUGGCACUGGCCAUAGCAGCAGGUCAGAGUGUGGCCUCCGUAGCAACCCUUCUCAUGACCAUCUCUUUUGUGUUUAUGAUGCUCUUUUCAGGUCUGUUGGUAAAUCUCAGGACCAUUGCUCCUUGGCUGUCAUGGCUUCAGUACUUCAGCAUUCCUCGAUAUGGCUUUACAGCUUUGCAGUAUAAUGAAUUUUUGGGACAAGACUUCUGUCCAGGACUCAAUACAACACAAAAUGAUACCUGUGGCAACAGCUAUGCAAUAUAUAUCUCCUUCCAUAAACAGUUCUGUGAAGAACUAACCAGUCCUUAAGGCCCUUUGUGUGCUGUUCCAGGGGAUGCUGCUGAUGAACUUCCUGCAUCAAGGUUCACAGCUAAUUCUGCCUUGAAGUUUUAGAAGAGACUUUGACUUGGACUUUGACUUUGGAAAAAUGUUGUUUGAAAAAAUGAAAUACUGAAGUUUGGUGAAGGGAUUGUUGUACUCUUUAUUGUAUGCAGGAUAGUUUUAAUAUGUUAGAUCCAAUUAUUAGCUUGUUACAGUGUUUAUUUGGAGACUAAGUGUGGAUUUAGGAGAUGUGUUUGGAUGUCAAGUUGACCUGGAGUGGAAUGUAUUGGUUAAUCUUAACUGUGUCAAUUUAAUUGCUUUGUGAAUCACCUAGGAGAUUAGUAAAACACACUCUGGGUAUGUCUGGGUGCAUCAUGGAGGUGUGACCUUGGGUACAAUUUAUUGUUCCUGGCUUCUUCCCCUCUCUCACUGUUCCUCUGCUCUGCUUCCUUUCUGCAAUGAACUAAGCAGAUUUAUUUCACUUCACAUUUUUGCCAUAAUGUUUCUGCCCUGGACUCUUUGAGUAUGGACUGAAUCAUUUGAAACCAUGAGCAAAAUUGAACCUCUUCUCCUUUGAAUGGUAGGUAUUGGGUAUUGUGUCCUACUGGCAGGAAACAAGACUGACAUGUUCAUAGUGUCUUGGCUGCUCACUGCAGACAUCUGCUUACUCAUUCCAGCAUGUGCAUAUGCAUUGGCUUACCUUCCAUGGCUCUAAUGGGUAAGGGUGCUUCUCACAGACCAGGCAGUGACAUCUAAAGUGGAUACAGAAAGAUGAAUCAUCUGGAGAGUCUGUGAGGUGUCUGAAGCUCUUGAGGGAAGUUGAGCCCUCCUCUUCUGUGUCAGUAUAACAUUUCCUUAUAUACAUUACAAUAUCAGCUGAAUUAAUUUUUUGCAUUAGUGAAUUGUCAUAUUCCUUUAUAAAUAUGGAUCACUUUUCAAAAAUUUUUUUCAAUUUCAUUGUUGUGAAAUAUCUCUAAUAAGUGUUCUCUUACUAUGAAGUUUUACUGGUGUCUUUUUCCCAAGCCAUUUCAUUCCUUUAAUCAUAUACACUUUAUUUAUGUUGAUAAAUUGACCUUCACUAAAUUCUUCUGACUGUUUUCUUGGAUCUUUCAAGUGGUAGCAGUAUCAACAGUCCCAUGGCCAGCUAUUUUUUCUGUCAAUCUUUGGCUUUUAAAAAAUUCUAGUUCCAACGUUAGUAUUAGUUUCUUUGUUGUACUUUCACCUUUGCCAGUAAAAAACUAUCACAUGGGUUUAUGACUGUGAGACAAGAAAGCACAACAAGCUUUGCUUUUGCCUGAAUGGGAUAGCAAUGUUAGAGACCAGAAGCAGUGUCAUAGCUGGUCACUGGGUGUGAUACACAUUGGUUACUUAGGUAAUGAUUUGUAGACUCUCAAGAGUCAGCAGUGGAAUUUGUGCUUUAUGCUAUUACUCACAGUUAACAUACUGUGCUAACCAAAAUUGGAACUGUAUUACUGAGGGGUUGGGAUUGACAGAACUUUGGUGUCUAAAAUGCUUGGUCACUAAGUGUAAUGCUUAUCUGUUACUUAAGUAAUGUUUUGUAGACUGAAGAGCCAGGAAUUGUGCUUUGUGUUAUUAUUCACAGUUAAUGUACCAAGAUAACUCAAAUAUGACACAUAUUAGCAAGGGUCAAGUGUAUUAUAAUGUAACUGUGGUAAGUAAACUUUGUACACAUUAAAACUCUGCAGUGUGAAGUGCUUGGAUACACAGUGGAACUUUGCUAAGAUGUGAGAUGUGGAAUUUAGAAUUACAUGAAUUUUAGGUCCCAUCCAAAGAACUUUGUUUUAAGAAGUUCAAGUUUUCCGUUACAUCACAACCCACAAUCUACCUAGUCCCAAGAUUUGAACCAAUAGAAAAACAGCUUGAAGGAGCCACUAUAUCUUGAUCAACAUGAUGUUAAGGAACAAAAUGUAUACUUUGAAUAUCCUUAUGUUUUGUUACGUAAAUUUUACUUCUGAUGCCAAAUAAAGAAAUCACACUGACAAGA